GGCCGGUGCAGUUUAAUUUCACAUGAUGUUAUAUGUAUCUGCCAGCUCACCUUUUCCUAAAAAGUCACAAAUUCACCCACCAAAACACUAUCACACACUCGAACUCAAAAAAAGUCAAACACUCAUUCAUUCAGAUCGAACAACAACAUGGCGGGAUCUCAAGCGUCACAUCCUCAUCCCUACGUUCCACGAGACUUGCAUCUUCCCGGCUACGUUCCAUGCUUCCUCUCUCAAUCCAACAUUCUCUCCGUCUUUGCAUCCUUCACUGUCAUCCUCUUUUCCCUCACAUGGAUCUUCUCAGGACGCCUCAAGAAAACAAAAGUCGAUAGGCUGCUAAUUUUCUGGUGGGCAUUCACUGGUCUCACACACAUAGUUCUUGAGGGUUAUUUUGUCUUCGCACCAGAGUUUUUCAAGGAUAACACCGGAUUCUACCUUGCUGAAGUUUGGAAGGAAUAUAGCAAAGGAGAUUCAAGGUAUGCAGGAAGGGAUGCAGGAGUAGUAACGGUUGAAGGACUAACAGCAGUUUUGGAGGGUCCAGCUAGUCUUCUGGCAGUAUACGCAAUAACUACCGGUAAAUCAUACAGCUACAUACUUCAAUUUGCGAUUUCUUUGGGUCAGCUAUAUGGAACUGCUGUAUAUUACAUAACAGCAAUUUUGGAAGGAGAUAAUUUUUCUACAAAUUCAUUUUACUACUAUGCAUACUACAUUGGAGCAAAUUUCUCUUGGAUUGUAAUACCCUCGAUCAUUUCCAUCCGCUGCUGGAGGAAGAUUUCUGCUGCGUUUCAAGUUCAAAGCCAGACAAAAAAGCAUAAAAGUCGUUGAUGCGGACUUGCUGAUGAUCUUGGAACAAAGAAUAAUGAAAACUAGGAUGGUUGAGACGAAAGAGAAUGUUAAGAAUUGUAUCAAUUGAUUUUCAUUGAAUUGCAUAUCUUCAAAAUAUCAAUUUAGACUUUUAACUUUUA